AUGGACUCGCUUGUUGGCCGUAUGGCAGGGGCCCAAGGACCCGCGCCUAUUCAUCUGGGCGCAAACCCCCUUUCUUUCGCACCACUUGUGGGCCCAGUCACCCCAGCCUUCGAUCCAGUGCCUUGCGCGCAGCUGCUGGACCUGGCCAACGAGGAUGACAAGUUCAGGAGUGGUUUCGUUGAACGAUUACAAGACAUUCAUGCUACCGAGCUCGACGAUUACCUUGCCUUGGCCCACCAGCACCACGAGGAAUACGUGGACAAGCUCGGUUUGAAGACUGUGGAAAAGUUGGGCGGGCUUUCCAGCUUUCUCUGCGAGGAAGUGGUCUACAUGCACGACAACUUGUGGGACAAGAUCGAGAAUCGCGAGCGUGACAUUCACUCACUCCGAGACAAGAACCGACAGCUUGAGAUGGACAUCAAAACAGUCCAAGGAUCGGUUCCCAUCGCACCAAGCCCCCUCUCCCGCGAGCUUCAUGAUGCCCCAAAGGACUUCCUGGGAAACCUCACGGACGUCACGGACGUCGAGAAGUCGGCCCUCACCAAGCUCACGGCUGCUAUCUUCCCCCAUCUCAAUGACUUCACGCUAGUGGAGGCAACGACGGUUCCGCAAUUGUUCCGCUACCAUGCUGAUCACCUAAUGGAUGCGCUGAAUCUCCAGCUGGAAGCAGAAGUCCAGAAACUCGGGCAAAGAUCGAAGAACAGCACCGGCGGGCCUGUCCUUGAGAGGCGCAGGAAGUCAAGGAUAUCGGUGUCCGACGCAUGGACGCUACGUGAGCUCAGAUUCAAGCAUCGGGCACAACAGGUGUUGUCGUCCCUUGACCAGGCUUCCCUGUCUGCUGAGAAGCCAAAGCAUCAACGCAGGACACACGAGCUGUGUCCCGGAGCCUGUCCGCUGUUCAGAGCCGACGACCCAACACGUGUCGAUGCUUGCGUUGGCCCCCUACCACCGAAUCAUGCAGCUGUCACGGACCCAAUACAUCGUGUACCCUAG